AUGGAAGAACCUCUUACGUCCAAUGUCAGGCCCGCAACAGACGCUGUGCUCACAGUGAGAAUCAUCAAGUCCUUUCCUUACAGAAACGUGAAGAACCACAUCAUGAAGCUGGUGAAUCUCAAAGAGACAACCCCAUCGCAGCUUUUGACCGAGGUGAUCAACAUUGUUAACACUACGGGUGCCCUCAGGCCUUAUAGAAACGUUGAGUACAACACUGUCAAGGUCUACACGCAUGCGCACAAGACGAAGCUGAUGAACUUGGUGAUCAACUUUGACAACGAUGAGGGAGACAUUCUUGUGUGCAAAGACAGUGGUAAUGCUGUCGACAAAGAGAAGCUGCUUUGGGAUUUGGGCGUUGAGAAUGAAACAGAGCUCAGUGUGUUCAACUAUAGCGACUAUGUUGCGUUCAAAGCUAAUCCUGAAGAAAAGUGGUAG